UCCGUCUGCUCCGUUGACGACAGAACAACCGCGGCCUCCGUCAACGACGGCACCUACAUCGCCUUCAUGUGUUUCAUGUUCACCGGCGCCCUCCUCUCCCUCGCCAUCCUCCCCCCGGCCACCACCGUCAAAUACUCCAACGUCGCCACCGAAUCCUCCGAGAUCCUCAAACUCUUCUCCAAUUGGAAAAUGCUCCUCCUCCUCCCCGCAGCCUGGGCCAGCAACUUCUUCUACACUUACCAGUUCAACAACGUCAACGGCUUGCUGUUCAACGUGAGGACCAAGGGGCUCAACAAUGUGUUCUACUGGGGGGCUCAGAUGGUGGGCUCGAUGGGGAUCGGGUAUCUGCUGGAUUUCAGCGUGGAGAGCAGGAGAAGGAGGGGGUUCGUCGGGAUCGUCGUGGUCGCCCUGAUGAGCAGCGGGAUUUGGGCCGGGGGCUUGGCGAACCAGUUGAGGUUUAAGCACGGGGAUUGGCCUUAUGGUGAGAUCGACUUCAAGGAUGGGAGGAUGUUUGCUGGGCCUUUUGUGCUGUAUUUUGGGUACGGGCUGCUCGAUGCCAUGUUUCAGAGCUUGAUUUACUGGGUGAUCGGAGCUCUGGCUGAUGAUUCUCAGAUUCUCAGCAGGUACAGUGGAUUCUACAAGGGAGUACAGAGCGCGGGAGCGGCCGUCGCCUGGCAGAUAGACACGCGAAAGACUCCGCUGAUGACCCAGCUCAUCAUCAACUGGGUCCUCACCACCGCCAGCUACCCGUUGCUCGCCCUGCUGGUGUUUCUCGCCGUCAAAGAUGGUUCUCCGGCGACGGCUGUUGAGGACGCAGAGAGCAAAGUGGCUUCUGCUGCUCCUGCAGUUGAGGGGGAAAAUUCGAAGGAACUCGAGUUUAGCAAGGCAUCUUGAGAGCAAACGCGGCAGACACUGAAUGCUGAUAUACGAAAUUUGUAACCACGAGUGUGUAUGUUGCUGUGAUUUCAAUUUAACAAAGGUCUCUUGUUUCCUUUUUCAUCUUAUUUUAUUUGUUAAUUUUUAGUUUUAGCU